AUGAAUCAUUACCGCCGCAACACUCAUCCGAGCUUUACAACCUCAUCACGAGAUAUGACGCACCACCCAGAUACCCGCCACCUAAGCACAGCCCCGCGCCUGACCCGCUACUCUGUCAAACUCGCCUCGUUCAACACACCCAUUGCGCGGCAUGGUCUGCACAAUCAACUAGCUGAUGAACCUACGAACAUGCGGCGCGUGCUUGAUGACGCAGUUGGUGGGCGCCGAGCACGUGCCAAGACUUGCGUGAUCGGAUCGCGUGCCUGCCCCCAGCCUCCCCCAACACCAGCCUCGUUAGCAUCUCCCGUCGCCCUCAACCUCAUCACUGUCUACCCCGCCUCUGCAGACUCCCUUUCAACCCAUCCGUGCAACCUCCUCCUCACGCACCGAUCGCGCGCCUCGGCCGCCGCUACCACCCGUUGCACGUAUCGGGUACUCGACUCAGGCCCAUCAUCCUUGCGAAUUUCACAAGGCCUCUGGCGGUUGGGGGCAGGCGACUCUGCUUUGCACUGUGCGUCUGUCUUCUGCCAUCAGCGGGGUGGGCUUCUGUUCGGGUAUCACGGUCGCGUACCCGGUGUCUGCGGUGGACGCGACGCAUCACAACCAGAGUCAAGGCUGCUCACAAAGCCUGGGUGGGCGGGUUCCCUUGCGACGCAUCGCGGUGUCGACGAGUUCCUUCGCCGCGAUUGCUCCAAGGGGGUUUUGGCGCUGGCCUAUCCCGCGUCCAACCUCUCCGACGCCGUAUCGCCAUGCACCUGCUCGCUACUGUUCAAGUGUGACGACACCGCUAGGACAGCCACUCUCUUGCUUCAAGCUGCGAUACUCACUACUCAUGGCAUGCAAACCUUCGUUAUACAGUAUGACGCCAACGAGCUGGUGUCUGGCGCUGUAAGCCUCAACAAUGGCAAGAGCCAUGUCACACAGCCGCAAUUGGACGAACUGUUGCGCGACAACAACAACACGCGCUCUGAUGUGAAGACUCUCGCCCUGACUGUCAAGCAACCAGGUCCUGUCUGGUGUCCAGCUUCUCUUUCUUUUGCUCCUAGCCCUGGCUCUGAGGCUUCCUUCCGCCAGUUCGUAGAUCUUACCAAAGCAACCGAAAUAAACAUUGUCUUUGACUUCAAGAAUCUGCAGCCACUACUCAAGUCCAUGUUGAAGUCUUUCGGUAGGGCAGCGAGAGACCUGGCUGCAUUUCCAGUCGAAGGGUACCUUACUCGAGCGGGACUGACAAAGGCGAGCUGGGAGGUCUUCGGCCCUGUCGAUGUCGCUGAGGCACCGCCUGCUUACGAUCAUUCUCGCAAGCGGCCAUGGCAAGAAACCUCAACGUCCCCAAGCCCCUCCCCAAAGCGCCUCGCCCGACAAUCGCCUCCGCAAUCUCCACAGUCGGACACGACCAUUCCCUUCAGCCCAGCAGCAGCCGAAGCAUUCAGAGCCCCGUUCGAGGAAAAGGCUCGGUUCAAGAAAGAAGUCGCGUUGGAAGAACAAGUCGCGUUCGAGCAACAAGUCGCGUUGGAGGAACAACUCGCGUUCAAGGAACAACUCGCGAUCAAGGAACAAGUCUCGUUUGAGGAACAAGUUGCAUUCGAGCAACAAGCCCUGUUCGAGAAACAAGCCGCCUUUGCGAAACGUGUCGCGCUCCAGAAACAAGCCCUGUUUGAGAAACAAGUCGCCUUCCAGAAACAAGUCGCGAUUGAGGAACAAGUUGCGAUGGAGGAACAAGCCGCAUUCGAGGUACAAGUCGCGUUCGAGAAACAAGUCUUGCUCGAGAAACAAGCCGCCUUUGAGAAUCAAGCCGCCGUCGAGAAACAAGCCGCCUUCAAGAAACAGGCCGCCUUCGAGAAACGAGUCGCGUUCAACUCUCACGCGGCGGCCAUCAACGCCGCGGUUGCCAAGCAGCUCCCCGGCUACCUUGACCAAGUCCGGCCCAACCUACUUUCGCAAGCGAUCAAAGCCGCCGUUGCCGAGCAGCUCUCCAGCUACCUCGAACAAGCCCUGCCGACCGUACUUGCGAACAUUGUCCCAACUCUCUUCGCCCGUCCUCCCACCGAUCUCUCCAACUCGUCCAACUCGUCCAAAUCGUCCAACUCCUCCAACUCCUCCAACUCGACUCACUCCUCCCACACCCCAUCCAGAACACUGCCGCCACUAUCCGCUUUAGGCCAGACGUACCUCCCCCACCUCAAAGCGCAUCUUACUGAUCAAGUCCAGCAAGACCAAGCCAAGCGGACGAAAGAGUGGGAGGAAGUGCUCCACCGCCUCUCAGAGAAUGCAGCACGAAAGCUUGAAGAAGAGACAGCAGGGAUGAUGGACGAUAUGAAGGAGCACAAGACGGACAUGCGCUCGACAAAGGACGACGCUGUGCGAGACAUGAACGCUCAUCUUCACGAUGCGAUUGGGGAUGCGCAGGACAAAGUGUCGGUAUUGCGCGAGGACAUGGAUAAGGACAUGCAGCAGGGGAUUGACGUCUUGUGCGACAAGAUCGAGAGGCUGAAACAAUUAUUGGUGAAGAGGGUGGUGGCGUUUGAAGUACGCAAGUAUUGGCGGAGGAGGAAGCGUGCGCACCAAAGCGUAGGUCAAGGUAUUGUCAAGCGCAAGAGCCCGAAAUUGCGUCGUAUCAAGCACAAAAUGAAGGUGUUGGGAAGACGUCGGUACGAUGAGUGGGAGGACGUCUGA